AUGAACUCGGUGCGCGCGAUCCAGCAGCUCAACAAGCGCGAGCUCGAAGCGGGCAUCAACCCAGAAGGUUCAUGGCAUACCGACUACCGCGACACAGCCUUCAUUAACAUCGGCGGCCUACCCUUCGAACUUUCAGAGGGUGACAUCAUCACCAUAUUCUCUCAGUAUGGCGAGCCGGUAUGGGUCAAGCUUGCGCGCGACAAGGAGACGGGAAAGUCACGAGGCUUUGCCUGGAUCAAGUACGAAGAUCAGAGAAGCUGCGACCUGGCUGUGGACAAUCUGGGUGGAGCAACCAUUAUGGACCGAGUCAUCAGGGUCGACCAUGCACGGUACAAACCUAAAGACGACGAGGAUAUGAGGGACAAUACGAUGGGAGAUGUCGAUCUUGACGCGGGCAAUGAGUCCGAUGGCGGCAGAAGGAAACGGAGAAAGACAGAAAGCGAAAGCGACUCGGACGACGACCGACCACUACUACCAGAGGAGAUUGAGCUAGGGCGGCUUAUGGAGAAGCUCGACGAGGACGAUCCGAUGCGCGAUUCCAUGAUCAAGCGCCAACAAGAGAAAGUGGACGAUGCUCUCAAGAAGCUGAAGAAGCAGAAGCGUAAAGAAAAGGAGCGGGCAAAGCGCAAGGAUAGGCAUAGUCGGAGAGACAGGUCGAGAGACCGAGAUAGGAGCAAGGACAGAAGAAGGAUAAAGGAAGCGGGAGAGGACGAUGCGCGUGACAAGCACUCGCGUCGGAGGAGCAAGAGCCGCGACAGGAGUCCGCGCGACGACCAUAGGCAUCGGAAGUCAAGACCACGAGAUGACUCGGAGGACAGACAUCGUCGCCACCGGUCGGAACGGACUCGAGAUCGGAGCGAGAAUUCCAGAGAGAGACGCGAUCGGCAUCGAAGGCGUGAGCGAAGGCGCUCAGGUUCCGACGGCGACGAUGCAGGGCCCUCACGGCGAAAGCCAUCGCACUCACCAUUACCAUAUCGCGCUCGUUCUCCCUAG